CUAUGACAGUUCCAUUGAGGCGGCAACGCUGCAGAAAUUAUCAGGGAACUAACCUAACUUUUUUUGUAAAUAUCAAUUUGUUUACCCUAACUACUGAUGUAAUCUGUCAUCAUCACUCAACAAGAGGGCACAAUUUCGAAUUUUCCCGGUCCGAAAUAAAUUCAUCCACCGAAUUUACACUUAUACCUGUACAAUUGCAUUGUGCUGUUAAUAUAUUUAAACAUGAUGGAGAUGGAUUGCUUCAUGGAAUGCGUUGUUUUGGGUCUAGACUCAAUAGUGUUGGCAGCUUGCAUUAGGCAAUACUACCAAAGAAAAAAUGCUAUAUCUUCUAUUUUGAAUGCACCUGCCCUGCCUAUAGAUAAAAAUCUGAAGGACUAUGUUAAAUCCCAGCCUGAAUCCAAAGUACCAUACAUAACUCUCCGAGGCACUGUAAAGCCCAUUGGAAAUAUUUUAAUAAGCAACAAUAAUCCCCUAAUUACUGGAGUUAUUCAAAAUUUAAGAAUCAGAGAACAUGUUGUCCAAAGAACUUCCACUGGAUUUUGGUCUGAUUCUGAGCGGACCAUACAGGAGGUACAUAAUGUUGUGCCUUUUGGACUGGAAUCGAAAGGGGUCAUUGUUGAAAUGGCUGAACCGUUAACAGCUGAGUACUUGGAAAUGGAGGUAAUAUCUGAUACAUUUAAUCCAACAAUUCCAAGUGUGAUUGACCACCUUUGGGGUUUUUUUUCGGGUGUGAGACAAAGAGGGGUUCAGUCAACUGAGAAAAUGCUUAGAACUGGCACUGUAGUCACUGCAGUGGGGGAACUUGUGUAUGAAAAGGAUGGGAUGAUCAGACUGCAACGUCCAUCAAAUGGAUCACCAUACUAUUUAACCCCAAUGCAAAUACCAUCUUUGGUUAAAAAAGUUGAGGCUUCCAAGAGAAAUUAUGCUAUGCUUAUUAUGGUCUCUGCUGCUGUAGGGAUUGUUGUGGUCGGGAUGAUUGCUAGGAAAUAUUUGAAACGCAAAAGGGAACGGAAGGAGGAACAGGAGAGAAGAUUGAGAAUUGCCGAGACAAGAAGGAACCGUAGGAGGGAGAACAGGGACUCCAAUGAGUUGGAUAACAACGACAGGAUUUGUGUUGUUUGCAGAACCAAUCCUAUUGAGAUGAUCGUUUUACCAUGCGGACACGUCUGUCUAUGUGAAGAUUGCGCCGAGAACAUUACCGCCAACUGUCCCAUUUGCAGAGCUGAAAUUCAGUCCAAGGCACUUGCAUAUGUUGUUUAAAAAAAAAUGGCCAAAUUUAUUGUGAUUUUUGUUAUAUUCUUGUUGAUUUUUUUUUUAUUAUUUAUGAAAUAUAUUUGUCUUUAUUAA